UCGGACCUACCCCUCCCACCAGCCGUCGUCUCUUCGAGCGCCGCUUCCUUCAAAUCCUCCACCGCCGCUCGUUUCCUCUCGUUACAUUUCCCCCCUCCCACCGCAACCGGACGCCGCCCCCUCGUCCUCAAGCAAAGGCGAGAAGAGAUUGGAAGGAAGCCACUCUCCCCCUCCCGCUCGCCCCUCUCUCGCGUCUUCUUCACAUGGCAGCGCUGCGCCUCCGCGAGCCACUCAAGAAGAACGACCCCCGCUUCUGUUUCUCCGACCCCUGCGCCGACCCGCGCCCCCGUCCCGAUCUCGCCGCCCCCUCCCCCUCCUACGCCUCCCUUCGCGUCCAUCGCACCUGCUCCUGAUCCCAGCCGCCCUCCCUCUUCUCGCGCGGUUCUGCUUUUUCUCGCGCGGUUGUCUCUCGGUCUUUGGACGGCCUUGCGAGUUGUGAGUUCUGAUUCGUGCGCGGUCUCGCCAUGGGGAAGAGGGCGUGGGGUUCUGCAGGCAAGAAGAGCAAGGCCCGCGGCGGUGGGGACGACCUGCUCGACAGCAGCGACGCCGACAGCGUGGGUUCUUCGUCCACCGCGCUGUCGGAUCUCUCGAUCUCGUACGCCACCGAGCACGUCAACUCGCAGGAGUUCGUCCUCGACAAGUACACGGACGCUCUCUACGAGAAGAGGGGGUCUACAAGAGAGGUGGCAUUGGCUAAACUUGUUGAUGCCUUUGAAAGUUUUAUGCUUCAUGGUCUUGUGGAGAACAAGUAUGCCACUCUACUGAGUCUAUUCAACAAUUCCGUGAAAAAGGGAUCUACUAAGGAAGGUUGCCUGGCAGCCCGUGCCAUUGGGUUAUUGGCCAUCACACUCGGUGCUGGGAGUAGUUCACAUGAAAUAAUGGAGGAGUCACAUCCACAACUUUCGAGAGUACUUCAAGCUUGGUCCGAUGCGUCUAAGAUGAUUUCUGCACUUGAUUGUUUAGCUGUCAUCACAUUUGUCGGUGCCACUGAUCUGGCUGAAACAGAGUUAUCUUUGAAAGCCAUGUGGGUUGUGAUUCAUCCAAAGUCAGGCUCAAAUGUGGGAAUUGUCCGGAAACCAAGACCGCCUGUGUUAGCAGCUGCUAUAUCUGCAUGGACGUUUCUCCUAACAACUAUUGGCUCAUGGAGGAUAAAUACUGAUAGUUGGAAAGAUCCCAUUGCGUUUCUCUCUACUCUUCUUGAAGCGGAGGAUCGUGCUGUUCGAAUGGCUGCUGGUGAAGCAUUAGCUGUAUGCUUCGAGUUAAAUCUGCUUGAUGUUUCCUCUUGUGAAGAUGCUGAUGUUAACACUAGAGGAACUGGUGGUUCUAAGAACAAGCUUUUCUUGGAUAUGCAAGCAUUGAAAGCCAAAAUAUCAGGUCUAGCCUCUAACCUCUCUGCAGAGGCAGGGGGGAAGGGUGCAGACAAGAAAAACCUUACUGACCAAAGAGAACUGUUUCAACGAAUCUUGGAUUUUGUCAAGUCUGGUAAGUGCCCUGAAGAAUCUUUAAAGAUUGCAGGAAAGCGUGAUGUCUUAAGGGUUUCGUCAUGGUCUGAAUUAAUUCAGUUGAAUUUCUUAAAGCGGUUCCUUGGGAGAGGCUUUCUGAAGCACGUGCAGGACAAUGGACUUAUUCAAGAUAUAUUUGACAUUAAGACUGACACUACCGAAACACUUUCAUCCACUAAUAAGAAAAUAUUUCGGUCUGAAGAAGAAAAAGGAAGAGCUCUAAAGUUAAACAAGGAUCGUCGUCUAGCUCAGGCGAGGAAGAACUCUGCUAUGUUGGACGAUUAACAGGGAUGGGAAUACAACACACGCUCUGCUCUGCGUUCUCAUUUUAUCUGAACCAUUAUCUGUGUAAACUGCUACAAGCCAUUGAAGGUUGUGCCUUCAUGAUAGUGUACUUUGCGAUGCUGGAGUAGUGUUACAUCCAAAUGAUUUUAUACUGUUCACUCCUCUGUGCUGUCUUUACAUGUGAAACAAGGUUCAGCUGAAAUGCCUACAUUAUGCCUCAUUUCAAACUA